UUAAGAGCGAUUCUUUUCCCGGCGUUUCAGGGGCAGAAAACGUUCACAAAAUGGCGAAGUUUAGCACUUUUGGCUCACCAUACAAGAAAGCCCUGUAGACGCUUUGUGCAUGUGUUAUACUUAAGUUGUAUUUACCGGUGUAGGUACCUGUUAACGUUACGAAAACAUUAACUUGGAAAGACACUGAAGCAAAAUACUUCCGCGUUCAGUCGAUGUCAUUUGCCAGGGCUUCAUCUCAUUGGUCUUCUUCUGUGCUUGAGUGUUUUCCCGCGCUACUCUCGUCGUUAAACAACAUACUGAACUGACAGCGUGUGGCUGGCGUAAGCUAGCAGUUUCUCACAAUUUUACGCCUUUAACGGGUUUGUUACCAUAUAGUUGCAGGCAAUGCCGUCUUCGGACUAUGACCCGGCCAGUCUGCCGGAUUUAUUACCCCUGUAUUACCGUCGGCUGUUCCCUUUCUCCCAGUAUUACCGCUGGCUAAACUACGGUGGAGUGCAGAAGAACUACUUUCAGAACAGAGAGUUCUCCUUCACACUCAAAGAUGACAUCUACGUCCGCUACCAGUCAUUCAGCACUCAGGCAGAGCUGGAGAAGGAAAUGCAGAAGAUGAAUCCUUACAAGAUCGACAUCGGAGCAAUAUACAGUCACAGGCCAAAUCAACACAAUACAGUGAAGUCAGGAACCUUCCAGGCCCUGGAGAAGGAGCUGGUAUUUGAUAUUGAUAUGACGGAUUAUGAUGAUGUCCGGAGCUGCUGCAGUGCUGCAGAUAUUUGCUCCAAGUGCUGGACCCUGAUGACCAUUGCCAUUCGCAUUCUGGACAGAGCUCUCAGAGAGGACUUUGGCUUCCAGCACCUGCUCUGGGUUUAUUCUGGAAGAAGAGGAGUGCAUUGCUGGGUGUGUGACGAAAGUGCCAGGAAGCUCUCUGUUGCAGCUCGCUCUGCUGUUGCAGAAUAUCUCAGCCUGGUUAAGGGAGGUGAAGAAACUGUGAAGAAAGUUGUGCUGACAGAUCCGAUUCAUCCUUUCAUUAGAGAAUCUCUGACUGUGGUGGAGCACUACUUUUCUCGUUAUGCGCUGCAGGAGCAGGAUAUUCUGGGCCGCAGGGAAUCUGUAGACAAAGUGCUUGGACUUGUCCCUGAAGAUGUAAGAAAAGAAUUACAGCAGCACUUCCAGAAUGAGAAGAAACCAGAGAGCCGUUGGAAAUUGAUCAAGGACCAAGCGAGCAGGAAACAGUCAACUUCAAAAAAAGGCCAACACUUUGAGAAGGAAAUCAUGCUGCAGUACUGUUACCCUCGGCUGGAUGUGAACGUCAGUAAAGGAGUGAAUCACUUGCUAAAGAGCCCCUUCAGUGUUCAUCCUAAAACUGGGCGCAUAUCUGUCCCCAUGGACCUCAAAGAAUUAGACACUUUUGAUCCCUUUGCUGUGCCCACGAUCAGUUUGAUCUGUGAGGAGCUGGAUCGAGCCAAGCCAGGUGAAGAAGAGGAGAAAUCAGAGGACAAGGAAAAUGAGAAGGACGCAGCAGAGAAACGAAAGAUCAGAGAUUACAAGAGGACAAGUCUGGCUAAGUAUGUUAAAUACUUGGACCAGUUCCUGGAUGGAAUGGCUCGCUCAUGGAAAGGAGAACUUCUCAAAAAAAGCGAUCUUCAAAAGGAAUUUUGAACAGGAUCAACAGUCAGAAGAGGCCAUGUUAAUAUCUCCCUUAUGAGCAAAUCUGUUUUUCCCCACCUUAUGAUACGUUUCUAAUCCUCUUCUUACAAUAUGACUUUCUUAGUAAAAUGCUGAUAUUUUGUUGUUUUCUUCAUUGUGCUUUUGUACAGUCUUUGUGAAAAUAAAUUUGUUAUUUCAA